CGCGCGCCCGGCGCCUCGUGCCACUCCCGCCUUUCGGGCCGGGGUCGCUCCUGGCGGUGCCCGAGGCCCCCGGCUGCCUGGGGCGCAGGCGCUGCUGCCGGCGCUGAGGGAACGAGCGGCCCCGGCAGGGCGGGAAUGGAAGGACCGACGUCUUACGGCCGCGGGCUCGUCUCAGGGCAGCACCGCCUCAUGGCAGCGCCUCCUCGGCAGGUGAUGGCUGCUGCUGCUGAGUCUGCAAGCUUUGAGGAGGAACAUGUUCCUAAUAAGAAGCCCAGAAAAGAAUGUUUGCUGAAGGGCAUUUCAAAUGUUCCUGAUAGUGAAUCUGAAGAAAGUGAAUUCUAUGAUGUCUCUCGCAAUAAGUCUGAUGGCAGUGACCCUCCUGCUGACUGGGCUCAUGUACACCCUGACCUAGAAGACCUGGAUGGUGAAGUCUCCAGUAUGCUUGAGGCUGUAACUUUUGCAGAGCUGCAAACUGCUUCUGUCUCUGAGGUGGAGGACUGGGAUAAAGAAUUGGAGGACUUUGAGUGUAGUCCUUAUGAUGCUGACGAUCUCUACUGUGGAAGCUUUCAGGAAAAUAAUCUUUUGGUUUCAUACUCAUGGCAAGAGGAUUCAUUUUACAACCCAGCCUGUCACCAUGCAGCUUCCCUUACUUUUACACCACCAGUUAGAAUGACUGAGAUUGGCCAGUUUGAUGAUGCUGAUGAAUGAGGUUGACCCUGGUUUGGCUUCUGAGUUGGAUGAUGUUCUUCACCGGUUGAGUCAUGUCAAGUCCUUUAGUUUGCUUGCAGAGUUCUGCAUAAGGCCAGAAAUGCCUCACUGUCACCUCAGUUUGGCUGAGACUGUUUUGAGCUGUUUAUAAAUUGACCAUGUUUGACCUCUGGAAAUGAGAGCGCAGGUUCUAGCUGUAAGGAGUCAAUGCAUUUCUUGACUUUUUGUUUGUAUUAUAUAGAUCUGUGUUGUUGCUGAUGAAUAGCUUGAGAGGAAGUAUGUAAUUUCUAAUCUUUAACUUGUUUGCCAAACUUUGCAAGUUUUGACAUGCUGAUCCCUGCAUUUCUGUGUAACUUGUAGUUUUCUUUCUUUUUCAUUUGAUGCUGCCAAAUUGCUUCAGAUAGCUUUAAAAACUCUUACUCCUUCCAGCUUCUCUGUUGUAUUACCAUGUUGCAGUUUGUGAUUCCACAUCUAAUACAUCUAAUACUGGUGUUUAACAAAGUUAGCCAUGACAAAUACAGAAUGAGAUGGUUUGUUUUUAUUUUUUGUGUAUUUCAGUAUAAAGGAAUUACAAAUAUGUGAAACAAAUUUUGCAAAUAUACAUGUGGCCAUACGGCAGGGUUGCUGCAUCGAGUAGGAAUGCUGGGUGCUGAAGACUGCCUCCCAAAGAUUUCUCCACAUCAGACCUUCUUGUAUGUGUCUGUAUUAUCCUCCAGUCUCACAUUUGUCCAUAUAACAUUCUCAUGUGACAUUAGAUAUGCAAUAAUGAAGAAAAUAUCUGUUCUUAGAGAUUAUAUAUUGCAAGACAUAUGAGUCCUGCAAAUAGCAGUGAAUUAAGGUUCCUGAUACUGCUAAUAUGCUUGCUUUGUUUUUGAUUGUGCUUUGGCAAAUGAGGAGAUGUGAACAUAAAAAUACCUCCAUAAAGUGUCUAAGAGGGUAGCUGCAACUAGAAGCAUAUCCUUCUUGCCUUUGUUUUGGUGUUAAAGGAAAUGUUCUCAAAUAAAGUAGGUAAGUGGAUUGAAUGACUGGACAUUUGAGUAACAAUAAUCUUCUUCUAAUGCUCAGGUUUCAUUAAUCACUUAUCGCAGCAACUUUUUGAUGGCUUUGUGUUUUGGCACUGAUGCUGAAGCACUGUGCCCAUGUUGGUUUAUUAUCAGGUGAGGAGUUAACAGUUACCACUGGAAGACUUUUUUUUUUUUUUUAAUCCAAUGUAUGAGACUGAAAUAAUUGACACAUCAGUUUGGAAAGAGGAAGUGAAUGACACAGUCAUAGUUGCUUAAUCUUUUCCUUGAGAGCAGAGGAGGAUAAGAGCUUGAAAGAGUCUUUUCUUCUGGUACCUUGCAGUUUCUGGUUACAUCUUGGUACCUAGCAAGCAACUGAAGUAAAGAAAGGAAGGCUGGCAUUGAGGUUGCAAGAAAGAGGGUCUCUUAUUUUAUUCUUAUAUGAUGGAGUAGUAUUUCCAUCAAAACGGGUUUGUGCGUGCCUCCAGAACAUAUAUCCAGCAGAAAGCACCGUGUAACAGACUUCUCUCCCUACACGAAAGCCCAAGCUGUGCUCUCCAAGGCCUUGGGUGUGUUUUCUCAUUCUGUGUGCUGCUGUGUAUCAGAGAAAGAGAGGGAGAGCGCUGCUCUGUGAGCCCUGCAUUAGUUAGAACAUGCACUUGACUGCGGAAUGGUAGUGAGAAUUGGCCAUGCUCAGUUUGUCAGGUUUGGAUAGAUAGUGGCUUCAUUGUGUUCAGUGAGAAACAGAAAUUAAACUGUAAGUAUGACUAUAACUGAUUUAUCAACUCAAAUAAUUGUUGUUUAUAAAUGCAAUGUUAAUAAAUAUAAGUUGAGUACA